AUUAUACAAAUGUUUUGAAAUAAAGUUUGUAGAAAAUUUGUAGUGAGUGUUUAGUGACCCCAAAAUUUCCCAGCCCCAACCCCUCAGGCCAUGGAUUUCGACUUCCUAACUCCACCGCCAGAGGAACGGAUAGUUCGCACCCACAACCUGACCAAGGAAGAGGUCAAGGAUCUGGAGAUUGCCUUUUCCAUAUUUGACGACCAAGACACCAAGGUUAUUCCUAUAACAAAUCUGAGGCCACUGAUGCUAGCUGUGGCCUACAACCCCAGUGAUAGGGAAUUGCAGGAAAUAUACGACGAGAUCGAUGCUGAUGGCACCGGUGAGUUAUAUCUCAGCGACUUCCUUUAUAUUAUGUAUCAGAGGUACGCAAACAUGUCCACCGAGGAUGAGAUUAUAGCCGCAUUUAAAGUUUUCGACAAAGAAGGAACCGGCGUCAUAUCUGAAACAGAGUUUCGUCACAUAAUGAAGAACAUGGGGGAGCAAUUGACGGAUGAUGAGGUGGAGGAGAUCAUCCGGGAUGCAAAUUCUGAUCUGGAAGGAAAUAUUGACUAUGUGCGAUUUAUCAAAGUUAUGUCCACCACAUAGGGAAAAAGCAGGCUUAGGGGGUUGGGAAACCGACCUAUCAGUUUCAUCAAAACAUUUUCGGCUCAUUCUCGUUCGUAAAUUCCAACAGUCUAUAGCAGUGAAAGCUUUUCGAUAUAUCUUGAUAAGAGCCGAAAACCCUUGAAAUUUGCUGAAGAUGUCGGAACUAACGGAGGAGCAGAUAGCCGAGUUCAAGGAUGCCUUCGUCCAGUUCGACAAGGAGGGAACCGGCAAGAUCGCCACCCGUGAGCUGGGCACCUUGAUGCGCACCCUGGGCCAGAAUCCCACGGAGGCCGAGUUGCAGGAUUUAAUUGCCGAUGCCGACAAUAACAGCAAUGGCCAACUGGACUUCACUGAGUUCUGUGGUAUCAUGGCAAAGCAAAUGCGUGAAACGGAUACGGAGGAGGAAAUGCGGGAGGCUUUCAAGAUUUUUGAUCGCGAUGGCGAUGGCUUUAUAUCACCAGCUGAGCUUCGCUUUGUAAUGAUUAAUCUCGGCGAGAAGGUCACCGAUGAAGAGAUCGACGAGAUGAUACGCGAGGCUGAUUUUGAUGGGGAUGGCAUGAUCAACUACGAGGAAUUCGUUUGGAUGAUAAGCCAGAAGUAGGACAGCUACUAUUUAAAAUGAAAUAAAAUUUUUGGGGUCA